AUGGCUCCCACCCUCUCAAGACCGAUGGCCUUCGAUCCAGCCAAGCAUCUCAACUUCAAGCACCCCGAAAAGGUCUGGACCAUGGAAGAGAUUGGCAUGGCUGAGAAGGGGGUGUCUCCCAUUGCUGUGUCAGAGCCUUUCACUCUCUUCACCGAGGAAGCCAUUCAAACAAUGAGAGCAGAGGUGUUGAGCAAGCCCGUUCUUGAGAACUGCAAGUACUCCAGCAACCUGGCGCACUGCCAGUUGAGAGGGUUCGCCCCAGAAUAUGCACCCUUCGUGUACGACGUCUGGCACAGCCCAGCAUUACUCUCGAUUGUGUCCAAGAUUGCAGGCGUUGAGCUGGUUCCGGCAAUGGACUUUGAAAUUGCUCACAUUAACAUUUCCACCAACACCGAGGAUCAGACGGAGGCCAUCAAACAAGCUUUGCAAGAAAAGGUGCAGCGUGAUGCGGAUGAAGGUGUCUCUGGUUGUCCAUAUGAGGAUGACAAGCCCAUCGUCGAUUGGCACACUGACAGCUAUCCCUUUGUCUGUGUGACGAUGCUAAGUGACUGCACCAACAUGAUCGGUGGGGAGACUGCGUUGCGAAAGGGUGAUGGUGAAAUCAUGAAAGUUCGAGGGCCAGGCAUGGGCAGCGCCGUCAUCCUCCAGGGACGGUACAUUGAACACCAAGCGCUGAGGGCUCUAGGCACUUCUGAACGCAUCACGAUGGUGACCUCGUUCAGGCCCAAAUCUCCCUUCAUCAAAGACGACACUGUUCUUACCACGGUCCGAGCCAUUUCUGAUCUUUCUGAGCUUUAUUCUCAGUAUGCAGAAUAUCGCUUCGAGAUGUUGGAAGAACGAAUCCGGGUGCAUCUCAAAGAAGUUCGUGACCAGAAGCGAGGUCGUCGUGGGUUUAAUACUGCGGCGACUAAGGCAUUCAUUGCUGAACAAAAGGCCUUCCUUGAUUCAAUGCUUCGUGAAAUCGUCGACGAGAACCAGGUCACCGUAGGCUUCACCGAUGGCGAAGCACAUUUGCUGAGCGAUGAUUUGAAGGUGCAGGCGCGAAAGAAGGCACGAUUCCAGUCGGAGGAUGCCAUCGAGUGA